AUGAUUUCGUUGACACAGCUUCCAUUCGCCUUGCCAGAGGACAAGGUGCCUACCCAGCAAAUCGCCAAGGAUAUCAUCGCCACGUUUCUUACCAAAGAAUGGCCGAAACAGGAUUCCGAGUCCAUCACCGUCACGUAUAGCACCUCGUUUACCAAUCCUAGCUGCGUCGUGGAGCGGCCGGUGCCAGACGACGACGGCCCACCCGCCGAGCCCCUCAAGCUCUUCAUCAAAUUUCACCGCACGACCGGCUCCGACUUUGAAGCUUUCCGGCACCUCGUGCCCACCAAGCAGGAAGAGGCGCUGCUAACGUACGAGUACGGCCGGUCUGGCCUGGGCGCUCGCGUCUAUGGCAUGUUUGAGACGCAGGACGGCACGCGCGGCCGCCUCGACGAGUUUCUCGACGCCCGACACCUGGAGCCUGAGGAUGUCGAGGACGAGGCUCUUCGCGCCGACGUGGCCCGCGGCCUCGCCACGUUUCACACCAUCCGCGCCGCGCUGCCCAAGAAACCGGUUGCGAGCUACUACACUUCCAUCGGGAAAGGCCUAAGAGCGUACCACGGGCUGGAGAAGCUCAAGAUGCUCGGCCGUGAGGGUGGCGUGCCCAUCGACGACCUAAUCGACUACGACAUUGCCGGACGUUGCACCGUUAUUGUCGCCGCGCUACAGUCCAUGUCCGCCAAGACGGGCUGGUGCAUCCACGACAUUCAGUCGAUGAACAUCCUCGUCAAGAACAAUCCCACGCCCGACGAGAGCCGGAUCACCCUCAUUGACUUUGAGUUUGUGUUUGAGAAUUACCGCGCGUUUGACAUUGGCGGCCACUUUAUGCAGAAGUUGUUCAAGUGGUUUGACACGGAGAGCAAGAUUGCCCACUGCCGGCCGUACUCGGAAGCAGAGGAGCGGCACUUUUGCGACGUGUACGCCGCGCAGUGGAACGCGCGGACAGGCGAGGCGGACUCUGGGGCGCAGGUGCACAGAGAGGCGCAGCUCGGGUACAUGCUGGCGACUGCGUUUGACAUUCACAACAUGCUCUGCUGGAUGGAGCAGGAGGGUGACAAGGAUCCGCUGAACCUGGCGGGAUUGAACAAGUUGUUUGCUGAGUUUAAAGGGCGGUACGAGAAGCUGGGCCUAGAGGUUGCUUGA